AUGGACGUCAACACUCUCUCGCAGAAAUUGAACGAAGAUCUUAAGCUUGAAAUCUCACCGGGAGAUUAUAUUCAUAGCGUUGAUCAAAUAUUUGAAGGCUCCUAUGGUAAUGAAAUUGACCCCGGACAAAUACUUGUUAGAGCGUUCCAGGAUCACAGAGCAUCAAAUGGACAUAUACAAGAACUUGUUCGUUCAAAUGUGAGCAAGGCUUUGAACGUUUUCUCGCAGUGCGGAAGCUCGACUAUUCCUGUAAUUGCAGAGUGUUUUAACGAGACGUCUGAUUCGCUACCCUUACUGUGGGAAAUCCGAAGAAGACUCCGUUGCAAUGAUAUCCACACUGAGUAUCUUCUCUCGCUAACAAUUCAACUAUUGAAUAAGUUUAACUAUGAUUUUGAGAAUGUGAGAUUUUUGGUACGGGAAAUAUCUCUGAAGAUGGACCAAGAGGCGGUUAGACCCCUUGCACUGGUAAUAUUUGCCAUUUUGGACAAGCAAUUCAAGCAGUUGUUCGAUGAUCAUCUAAUUGGAUUCCUAGAGUCGCUUAUAAUUGAAGCCCAGUCUGAGGACAAUGAGAAGACUAUACUAAUAGUAAUUAAUAUACUAACAGAACUCUACCCCGCACUCAGCGCACUAUGCACGCGCAUACUUUUGGGCCAAGAAUUCCAAGAUUUAUUGAAUGAGCGAUCAAAAAGUGAUAAGCGCGUAGCUGCGCGAACUCUGCAGUUACUCUCUAUUGCAUGUGUUGACGAAACUGCCAGAUCCUAUAUAGCAGAGCAUUACCUCGACCUUCUAGAGGAGAGUUUGAAGAUCAAGGAAUUCAAGCUGUACGCAACCUUAGUUUUGAUCAAAACAUGGGCCUUCACAAAGCUAAAGCCGAAUAUUAUUAAUCAACUCGGCCCGAAUCUUAUGGAAACUUUAGAAGAUACCAAUGAAGAAUCAGAAGAGAUCGCAAUAGAAGGUUUGGCGUAUCUAAGUUUGAGGCCCUCUACUAAGGCCUUGAUAAGAGCACACGGAGACAUAUGUUUAAAAAUUAUUGAGAGGAUAAAGGAUGAAAGCGUUGGGUCUACUAAUAAAUAUGGCGCAUUAGUUAUAUGUGCAAAUCUAUCGAAACUCCCUGGAGGGGCCCCCAAUUCGGAGCAGUCAUCGAUGCUGGACUUAAAGUCAUAUUCUGAGUUGAAAACUCCCUCGAAUGAUGCGGCAGAAGAAAAAGAAGAUGAAGACGACAUUAUAGCAUUCAAUCAAGAUUACAUACUAGAUCUUGACGUGAUAGGGGCAUUAAAAACGCAACUUAAACAACUUACUGGGAGUUCGAGACAGCAAGCAGGGCAGAUUUUGUACAAUGUCACUAGAACUAAAGAGAAUAUCAAUGCCUGUAUCAAGCAAGGUGGUGUUGUAAUGGCUUUGGAAAUAUUAGCUAAUUCUGACAUUAAUUCUGACGGACGCGUCUUCGUUCUGAGAGCGCUCACACGGAUGCUCAUUCUUACAAAUCCAGCAACAGUUUUCCAGAGGUUUUCGGCUUUGAACGCAUUGCCUUAUCUGUUUGAACUCCUUCCUGAUCCAGAUGAUUCUGAUAAAGAGUACAGUCUAUCAACGAGAGAUUCUUUUGAAGCACUACUUGCUUUGACAAACCUAGCUACAUUGUCAGACAAUGAUGAUCUUGGCAAGAAAAUCGUUGCGAACCUCAAGUAUUGGCUGAAAAUCGAAAAUUCCAUUGUCGAUGAAACCAAAGAGGUUCGCAGAUCUUCUCUUGAGCUAUGCUGCAAUUUGAUGGCCAAUUCGCUCCAUCUGGCUGUGAAGUUCUUCAAUUUUGACAACCCUAGGAGUGUACGCAAUUUUAAACUUUUAGUUAAACUACUUUAUUUGGAUGACAUCGAAUCACAACGGGCAGUUGCCGCUAUAUUUGCGAACAUUGCUAGCACAGUUCCUUUUAUUGCCCAAGAACUCUCCACGAAAGAAGAGUUAAUUGAAGCUGAGAUUCAACUUUUGCAGACACAAUCCACAGAUCGUGAACUAAGACAUCGGGUGUUGGUGUUCUUUCACAGCGUGCUUACUGCGGCACCUCCAGGAAUAAACUUACUGAAGGGAAGCGACAAAUUUUUGAGAGCAUUGUUAACAGCCAAAACUAAUGAGGGAAGUUCCUCGCAAGAGUAUUCGUCCCUAAUUGAGUCAAUGAUUCAGACCGUUAGACCGUAG